CAGAACCCUAACUAUGCUGAUUCUGAAACUGGGUCUGUGUCCGAAAGAUUUCAUUACUCGUAUAAAAGGGCUGGGAGUUCAAAUUCGACGCCAAAAAUGAAAGGGAGAUUGAAAGUUCUGUCUAGUGGCGAAAGUACGCCAGUAUCAGUAAGUGGCCGGAGCGAAUCAGUUGUCGGUAUGGAAGAUGAUGAUGAGUCAAAAGAGUGGGUUGCCCAAGUGGAACCGGGUGUUCUAAUCACGUUUGUUUCCCUGCCUGAGGGUGGAAAUGAUCUGAAACGAAUUCGAUUCAGCCGUGAGAUGUUUAACAAGUGGCAAGCUCAACGGUGGUGGGCUGAGAAUUAUGACAAGGUCAUGGAACUAUACAAUGUUCGUAGGUUCAAUCGACAAGCAGUACCAUUGCCAACUCCUCCGAAGUCUGAAGAUGAGAACUUAAAGCUUGAAUAUGCUGAGAGUAGCCCUGUAACACCUCCACUAACCAAAGAGCGUCUCCCUAGCCACUUUAAUCGUUCAACAGGGGUGGGCCAAUUGUCGUCAGGCUCUAUUGAAGGAGAUCCAUUGCAAUCUCGUCAUUAUUAUGAUGCAGGUGGUCUCACUUCGACCCCUAAACUCUCUAGCAUCAGUUCGUCAAAAAGUGAGACACCUUCAAUGGACGCUUCUGCACGGUCUAGUUCUUCAAGGGAGGCUGAUCGCUCAGGAGAGCUGUCCGUUAGCAAUGCCAGCGAUGUUGAGACUGAAUGGGUUGAAGAAGACGAGCCUGGAGUCUAUAUCACGAUUCGAGCAUUGCCUGGCGGUACUCGAGAGCUUAGAAGAGUCAGGUUCAGUCGUGAAAAAUUCGGAGAAAUGCAUGCCAGGUUGUGGUGGGAAGAGAACAGAGCCAGGAUCCAAGAACAGUACUUGUGAUUUAGGACAUCUUUGGAGUUCAAAUUUAAAUUCAUCCAUAAUUGGUGUCUCUAUGCUCCUUUCUUUGACAUUAAUCCUAGUGUUACUCUUUUUUGUUUUCUUUCUCUUUUAAUUUAACUAGUGCUUUUUAGGAUUUUAUGUGGGUGAUUUUUUUUUUAGAAACGAGGGUUAUUUGAGGGUGCAAUGAUGUGUAGUGAUUGUUAAAGAAGAAAAUUGCGAAUCACAUGAAACGUAGCUCAUGUUAAUACAUCUACCUAGUUUAAUUUGAUUUAUGAGAUUGCAUUUUCAUAUUUG